CGCUUGUCAUCAUCAUCUUCAAAGCCUACAAUGUCCUCCUUCUCCACCAACCACUAACUCACUCAUCCACUGAUGCCACCAAAACCGACAUCUGUCGCACGCGUCACGCGCUCCUCGACGCGAAUAGCAUCUACGGCCACCACUCAAGUCGUGGUUGCUACCGAAGUGGAGGCCCCUCCUCCCAAGAAGCGUCGCACCGUCAAGAAAGCAGCCGCCCCAGUUGCAGCUCCAACCCUCGCUCUCGACCCCAUCGCGCCCACACGUUCUACACCGCCUCCCUUCCACCUGCCCGAUGCGAUCGCUCACCUCUCCGCCGUGGAUCGUCGAUUCGCAACACUCUUCGAGCGCAUCCCUUGUCGCCCCUUUGUGGAAGCUGCGGAUGGGCAACCAGCGGCUGGUGCCGGCGCGGCUGUUGCAGCUGCUACCGCUGCCGGCGCAAAAGCUCCGGUCAACGGGGCAGAGGACAGAGGCCCUGAAGAGCUGGUUCAACGCACGGUCGACCCCUUCCGCACCCUCGUCACGUCGAUUAUCGGCCAGCAGGUGUCGUGGAUGGCGGCGAGGAGUAUUACAAAGCGUUUUGUGGAGCUGUUUUGCGGGCCUGUCGAGGAUGUGCAAAGCCGCAAAGAAGAGGGUCCUUUCCCGACGCGAGAGCAAGUCGCGAAGGCGGACGUGGCAGCCCUCAAGGGGGUCGGCUGUAGCACGCGAAAGGCCGAGUAUUUAAUCGGCCUCGCACAGGACUUUGUCAGUGGCCGCCUCACAGACGACCUCCUCAUUAAUGGGACCGACGCCGAGGUAGCCGAGGCGCUCAUCGCCGUGCGUGGCAUCGGGCGCUGGACCGUCGACAUGUUCCUUAUCUUCACAUUACGGCGCCCGGACAUACUUCCCGUCGGUGACCUCGGCGUGCAGAAAGGUUUACUGCGCUGGGUUUUAGCUGCGCAUGGCGCGCUACCUCCGCCCACACCCAAAACACCGAAAACGCCCAAGACGCCCAAGAAGUCGGCAAGCACUACCCCAGCCACACCAACCAUGACAGAGAUCACUCUAACGAAGGUCGAGCCCACGCCGCUUGGACCGAGCGACUCUACCGCCACCCUCCUUAACGAAGCGCCAGCUACGCCUCUGAAGUCGUCUAUGAGCGCCGUGCAGACCCCCUCCAAGUUCCCAUCCACGCCCGGACCACCGCCUGUUACGCCGAGCGCAAGCACCAACCCCCAACUGCCGCCGACCAUGUCUGACUCCAUCCUGGCCACGCCGCACGACUGGACGCAUCAAUGCGCGUGCCGCGCCGCGCCUCUGCCGGAAGGCCUUACGGUCAGCACACUCCGCUCCCGGCUGGCAGGCAAGAAGGCAAAGGGCGGCACGUACCUCCUUCCGGAGGAGAUGGAGGCGCUCACACAUGCAUGGCGGCCAUACCGCUCCUUGGGGGUGUACUAUACUUGGACGAUGGCGGGCGAGUCACCGAAUACGAGUGCUCCAUAGAGUGCGGACGCAUCUCGUUGUAUGCAUUUUGUUAUGGCAUUG